AUGGCCCUUCAACACGAUUCUUGGGUAUUUGUUUUCGGCCUCCUAGGAAAUGUCAUCUCAGUGAUGGUCUUCCUCGCUCCAUUACCAACAUUUUACCAAAUCUACAAGAAGAAAUCUACUCAAGGGUUUCAAUCAGUCCCUUAUGUUGUUGCAUUGCUCAGUGCAAUGCUUUGGAUUUAUUAUGCAAUUGUCAAAAGGGAACAUAGCCUCCUUCUCCUCACAAUUAACUCAUUUGGACUUGUGGUAGAAUCAGUUUACAUUGCAAUUUUCCUAGUUUAUGCAUCAAAUAAAGUCAGGCUUUCAACCUUCAAGCUUAUUCUAGUAUUGAAUGUGUUUGGAUUUGGAGCAAUGCUUGUUUCAACCCUAUGCCUAACAAUGGGAUCCAAACGUCUUUCUAUUAUUGGAUGGAUUUGUCUUGUUUUCAACAUAACAGUAUUUGCUUCUCCUCUAUGCAUUAUUAGACACGUAAUAAAGACUAAAAGUGUUGCAUACAUGCCACUUAGUUUGUCCUUCUUUUUGAGCUUGAAUGCUAUCAUGUGGUUCUUCUAUGGUUUUCUCAUCAAGGACUAUUACAUUGCUCUUCCAAAUACGCUAGGGUUUGUAUUCGGUAUCGUUCAGAUGGUGAUGUAUUUGAUUUAUAGAAAUUCAACUCAAGUGAUGGUAUCAGAAAAGUCAAUGAAGUUACAAGAACAAAAUGGUCAUGUUAUUGACAUUGUGAAGAUCGUUGACACGACUCAAGGGGACAAUGGUGGUGCUCUGCCUGUAUCAACUAUUAGUGAGGAUCCAAAUAAUGGGAAAUAA